CGUUCGGGAGCGUGGGAGCGGCCGAGCUGGCCCCCGGCGGUUGCUAUGGAGAGCAGGGGAGAGGGGGGAGCGUGACCGUGGCCCCUCCCUUCUUCCUCCCGGUCUCGCCCUACGAAGCAACAGAAAAGAAGUUCCAGAGCUGGAUGAUGAAAAAUUUCCUGGUUUCUAUGCUCGUCUUGAGAAUGGAUCUUUCUUUUGCAUAGUUCCAAAUUCGUGAAACUUGUCAUCAAAGGAUCAUCUUUUCUUCUUGGAUGGAUUGAUUAUUACUUGUUUGUGUUCAAUGGGACUUCGAAUUCACUUUGUGGUUGACCCUCAGGGUUGGUGCUGCAUGGGCCUGAUAAUCUUUGUUUGGCUGUACAAUACAAUCUUCAUUCCAAAAGUCAUCCUUUUUCCUCACUAUGAAGAGGGGCAUAUUUCAGCUGUGGCAAUUUUGUGUUAUUACCUCUGCUCAUUGUUUUGUAUAGCUUCUUUAGUAAGAGCCUCAGUUGCUGAUCCAGGAAGGCUACCUGAAAACCCAAAGAUUCCAAUUACAGAAAGAGAAUUUUGGGAAUUAUGUAACAAAUGCAAUAUGAUGAGACCAAAGCGUUCACACCAUUGUAGUCGUUGUGGACAUUGUGUGAGGAGGAUGGAUCACCACUGUCCAUGGAUUAAUAAUUGUGUUGGUGAAGACAAUCAUUGGCUGUUUUUACAGCUGUGUUUCUACACUCAAAUUCUUAGUUCCUAUACGCUGCUACUUGAUUUCUGCCAUUACUACUACUUUUUGCCUCUGAAAAAAGAUAACUGGGACGUUUUUGUAUUUAGACAUGAACUUGCUCUUCUAAGAAUAUCUGCCUUCAUGGGUAUAAUAAUAUUAGGCGGAAUAAGUGGACUCUUUUACACUCAGCUAAUUGGUAUUUUCACUGACACAACAAGCAUAGAAAAAAUGUCGAACUGUUGUGAAGAUGUAUCGAGGCCCCGAAAGCCAUGGCAGCAGACCUUCUCAGAAGUUUUUGGCACUCGCUGGAAGAUCCUGUGGUUUAUUCCUUUCAGACAGAGGCAACCACUGCGAGUUCCCUACCACUUUGCCAAUCACGUCUAAACAGAUGGAUGGUGGGCACAGAUGGGUCCUCCAUGCUGGAAGUGUGUUACAGGUUUUAUGAUGAUAGGACUAUGACAGUCUUCAACUCAAUUAAAAACCCACCAAUUGUAGACAUCA